UGUGGCAAAAGGUGAUCCAAAAUUCAGGGUUGUAAUGUGAAAACUGCAUCUUAAGGAAAGAAUCGCCAUAUUCCAUUGACACAGUUAUUGUCUUGACAUAGCAGAAUUAAACAUGAAGCCAGAGAGCUGUUUUCUAGAAGGAUCUUAUGCCAGAAAGUACAAGGCUUCAUACAUUGGACUCUUGACAAUCUUAAUUUCUACCAUCUUCUUCCUUGUGUCAAACAGAGUACAAAUUGAACCUUUGGAAACACUCAGACCCCCCAAGAUAAAGGAAAACUCUCCCAACAGUCCAUUUUUUCAUUUGUCCAUUAAUAGAACAUUGCCUACACCUGCUGAUUACAGGAAAGAGACAGCCAGAAUAAGCCAUAAUGGGACCCGAGCUGAUGAUCCGUACCUGAUCGAUCUGAUACGUAGAUACUGGAUCAGGCCUCCACCUACAGGGCCUUACAAAUUCAAGGCUAGAAAAACAGAUUAUUCCACCCAUGGCCAGUCAGUUAUCAUUGACAAUGCAUUAAAAAAUAAAGAAGGUGGAUUUUAUGUGGAAUGUGGAGCUUGUGAUGGAGAAUUCCAAUCAAACACUCUCUAUCUUGAGCUGAAGAGGAAGUGGACAGGGUUAUUAAUAGAACCCAACAGGAAUAACUAUAGACAACUUCUGAAAACCAACAGAAAGGCAUACUACAUCAAUGCUUGUCUCAGCCCCUUUAAACAUCCUGCUGUGUUGAAGUUCAAAGAGGACUGGGCGAUCGGACAUUUAGAAAAAACUUCAGGGGCAAAGACCAUUGAUGUACAGUGUUUUCCAUUCUAUUCCAUUCUGUUAGCCUUAAACAUCAAGCAUAUAGAUGUAUUUAGUUUAGAUGUAGAAGGAGCAGAGGUUUUAAUUUUAGACACAGUGCCAUUUAACAAAGUGGAUAUUAGCAUAAUGAAUGUGGAAUAUCAACAUGUCACAGGUGGUUCUGAUUUUCUGGAGAAGUACUUAGUGGGCAAAGGUUAUGUCACCAUCAAGAAAGUGUUCAGGGACCUAAUUGUCAGAAAGAAGGGACUGGAUUGAAGUUAUUAUUAUAAUUAUUUAUUAAUAAUAAAAAAAAACAGUAUAUAUAGUUUUAAAAAAAAUGAAAAUACAUGUAUUUUAAGACAUC